CAACUAAUGCAAACUUUUGCGAGUUAAAGUGGUCACUGUGUGUUGGUGAGAGAAGAAGAAGCUGGGAACUCUACUGUUUUUUAUUUCGCCGUGAGAAGGGAAAAGAAGAUAAAGAGAUUCGUGAAGGGAGGAAGAGGAAGAGGAAGAAAGAAGAUGGAGUGCGUAUUUGGCUUGGUGGGUAACGGGUUCGCGAUCGUGGUGGCGGACACGUCGGCGGUUCACAGCAUCCUUGUACACAAGUCCAACGAAGACAAGAUCAUGGUCCUCGACUCCCACAAACUCAUCGCCGCCAGCGGUGAGCCGGGUGACAGGGUUCAGUUCACCGAGUACAUACAGAAGAACGUGGCUCUCUACCAGUUCCGUAAUGGGAUCCCUUUGACCACUGCCGCCGCUGCCAAUUUCACCCGUGGCGAGUUAGCCACCGCUCUUCGCAAGAACCCCUACUUUGUGAACGUUCUUCUUGCUGGUUAUGACAAGGAGACAGGCCCUUCACUUUACUACAUUGACUACAUUGCGACAAUGCACAAGGUUGACAAGGGAGCUUUUGGUUAUGGCUCGUACUUUUCGUUGUCAAUGAUGGACAGACACUACCACAGUGGAAUGUCAGUGGAAGAAGCAAUUGAUCUGGUAGAUAAAUGCAUUAUGGAAAUCAGGUCGAGGUUGGUUGUGGCACCACCAAACUUUGUUAUCAAAAUUGUUGACAAGGAUGGAGCUAGACAGUAUGCAUGGCGUGAAUCAGUGAAGGAUGCUCCAGUUCCCUCAGCUUGAGUUACUAUUAUUUCGUUCUCUUUGUUGGACCUAUUCCCAUUUACUCUAGUUUAUUUUCUCUAUACUCUUCUUCUUGUCGUUUUAUCUGAACCUGAAUGUUCAUUUAGAUAAUUUUCAAACUCUUGGCCUCUGAAUUCUUAAAGGGGAACAAAUUGUCUUUUGAAUUAGCCUUGCUCCCCGUUAAAUUGAAUUUAGAUUGAUAUA